UCGCCGCGCUGAACUGCAGCUAUGGAGCAGGCACCGCCGGACCCCGAGAGGCAGCUCAAGCCUGCGACCCUGGAGCCGCUGGGUCGUCCCGACGCUGGGCUGGAGGCUGUGGCCGGUGAGGAAGCCGAAAGGGCCCGGGAAGAAGGCUCUGAAGCUGACACGAUGACAGAAAAUAAUUUUGGAUUAAAGAAGAUAGAAAUCAGUGUUUCAGAGGCUGAAAAGCGAACUGGAAGAAAUGCCAUGAACAUGCAAGAAACAUAUACUGCUUACCUCAUUGAAACAAGGUCAGUUGAACAUGCUGAUGGUCAGAGUGUCCUAACAGACUCACUGUGGAGGAGAUAUAGUGAGUUUGAGUUGUUGAGAAACUACCUUUUAGUUUACUAUCCACAUAUUGUUGUGCCACCUCUACCAGAAAAACGGGCAGAAUUUGUUUGGCAUAAACUCUCUGCUGACAACAUGGAUCCGGAUUUUGUGGAAAGACGACGGAUUGGUUUAGAAAACUUUCUCUUAAGAGUUGCUUCACAUCCUAUCCUUUGUAGAGACAAAAUCUUCUAUUUGUUUUUAACACAGGUUUAUGUGGUUAUUGCAGGAUCUAUCCAGUGGUAUGCAUCUUCUAUUGAUGAUAUUUUGGAAGAUGAAGAACAUUAUGCAGAUCAGUUAAAGGAGUACCUUUUUUAUGCAGAAGCACUACGGUAUGCAUCUUCUAUUGAUGAUAUUUUGGAAGAUGAAGAACAUUAUGCAGAUCAGUUAAAGGAGUACCUUUUUUAUGCAGAAGCACUACGGGCUGUGUGCAGGAAACAUGAACUUAUGCAGUAUGACCUGGAGAUGGCUGCCCAGGAUCUAGCUUCCAAGAAGCAGCAGUGUGAAGAACUUGCAACUGGGACYGUGAGGACAUUCUCUUUGAAGGGAAUGACUACCAAGCUCUUUGGUCAAGAAACUCCAGAGCAAAGAGAAGCCAGAAUCAAGGUGUUAGAAGAACAAAUAAAUGAAGGAGAACAACAGCUAAAGUCUAAAAAUUUGGAAGGCAGAGAAUUUGUGAAAAAUGCGUGGACUGAUAUUGAACGAUUCAAAGAACAAAAGAACCGUGACCUAAAGGAGGCCCUCAUAAGUUAUGCUGUCAUGCAGAUCAGCAUGUGUAAAAAGGGAAUUCAAGUUUGGACCAAUGCUAAGGAAUGCUUUAGCAAGAUGUAAUCCUAUGAAAUGACUUUUUCUUCAAUCAAAGUGCCCCAAAACAAAGCACAAGUAAAUAAAAGAAAUUUAAGUUGCUACCCUGUAUACUUAAAAAUAUACAAUAAGUUGAAUCAGUUCAGCUUUAUUUUAACUGAUUAUAGUUGUGUU